UUGGAUGCUGAGCCACAGACCCUCCUUCCGUCGAUCGGCGCUGUGCUUCACUGUUCGCAGUGGAUCUGUGAGUGUGUGAGUGUGUGAGUAGUUGACUAGUUGAUCUACGGCGGAGACAAACACGGAUGCUGAUCACACCACGUGUGGGAGACUGGAGUUUGUUCUUAUUUCACCUAAAACCCGGGACUACCGCGGAACUUUACGCAGAGGAACGUGUCUGAUCCUGUGAGGCGACACCUGAGGGAAACGGGGCUGAAUAUUAAUCCAGUUUGUUUGUAAUCUCCUCCUCGUGCCCACUUGUUGAUGGAGCACCAGCGGAAACAUCAGCGGGAUAUUCGUGUGCGUAAUUUGGAUGAGAGUCCAUUCCGCGACGCGGCGAAAUCAGACGCUCUGAGCUGUGCGGUUUCCCUGCAGAUGGUGGUCAUGUUUGGCGCACGGUAACAAGUGUUUGCACAUUUAACUGUCGGGGCUGCGUCCAGGUGAGCAGCGGCAUGGGGAACCAGAUGGACAAGCUGUCACAUUUAAGUUACGCAGAAGUUCCCACGAUGGACCCGAACGGCGUGGACGCGGAGGACGGACCGCGGAUCGGCGUCUCUUACAUCUUCUCGAACGACGACGACGAGCUGGAGGAAGGCUGCGCGAGCGACGGCACGGUGAAAGACCCGAACCAGGAAGAGAAACAAUACGACCAGCGCGACGAGGUGUCGUGCGCCGUCUACCACAAGGAGGAGUGCAUUUACGAGAAGAGCGUGAAGUCUGCCAACCUGGAGGUUUACUCCCCGGAGAACCUGCUCAACAAAUGUAAGGCGGGAGACCUGGUGGAGUUCGUGGCGACGGGACAGUUCCCGCACUGGGCCGUGUACGUGGGAGACUUCCAGGUGGUGCACCUGCACAGAGCAGAGGUGAAGAACAGUUUCCUGACUGAUGCGAGUCAAGGGAGGAGGUGCCGGGUUGUGAACGACUUGUACAGAUUUAAGGCUCUCGGUGCGGACAUGGUGGUGCAGAACGCGAUGGAGCAGGUGGGUUUAAAGGAGCGAGAGCUGAGCUGGAGGAACUCGGAGUGCUUCGCCGCCUGGUGCAGGUUCGGCAAGAGGGAGUUCAAAAUGGGCGGGGAGAUACGGAUAGGCAAACAGCCGUACAGGUUGAAAAUAUGCAUAUCAGACAAACACUCACACGUGUUGGAGUUUCAGAGUUUGGAGGACAUGGUCAUGGAGAAGAGGAGGAACGAUCACCUGGGCAGGAGAGCGGUGCUGCAGGAGCUGGCCACUCAUUUCAACAGCGUGGAGGAGACGAGAAGGGAGCCAGGUCCUGAAUGAUGCCAGUCCCCCCAUUUACCCUUUAGCCUUUACCAAACACAGUCUGUGCCACUCUGCUCCAACCCACUCCUUCAGGUGUAGUUUUAAAGGUCCAUUAUGUAACAUGCUGUGAGAAAUUCUAUUUACUAUCCAUACAUUUGUUUGCAUAUGCAUAGAAUGGCUUUAAAAUAACAAUAAUAAAAUGGUUCCAUAGCCUUGAAAUAAGGUUGUUUUGUAUUUUAUAGCCUAAAAUAGAGAAACCAACCAGAGUGUGUGUUUGGCAUUUUCAAUCAAAAGUUUAGGAUGAUAUCCUUUUUGGUUUGUAAAGACCACCGUAGUUCCCUGAAGCUCUUGGGAAAGGGUGGGGCUUGUGGAUGAGUCCAAACUGCAGUCUGACUAGCUUUGUUUACAUGUGCAAAAUGUCUCCGUUAUGAUUGGAUUCUACGAUGCCAACGUUUACAUGGUGCACCCAUGUACCCAUUAAGUGCACGUCUGCUCGUCCUCCUGCUGUCUGCUUAUCCGUCUCAUUCUCCCUCUCAUCGGCGUCUGUGACUUUCUUUUCUGUUAAUUCUUCUUUUUUUGAAUGAAAAUACAGCAGUAACAAAACCAGGAAGUCGUGACCGGAUCGGCUGUUUAUAUGAACGCAGAUCGGCACAUGCCACCUGUAUCAGAUCAUAUUUUUAUUCCGAUGACUUGUGUCCGUGUAAACAUAGCUACAGCUUCUGUUAGAAGUCACUCAUUCUUACACACUGGACCUUUAAUUAAAACAAUAUGUGUAUAUAUGUAUUCUUGUUUUUUUUUUAAGUUUAAUCAUGGCUGUCUUUGAGUUCAUCUUAAUGCUGUUGCCUUAAAAAGAUAGUUUAGUCGUUGUUUUGUAAGUGAGGUACUUAUGUGUCGUCAGUUGUCAGAUCUCCAUCAGCCUGUUUUUAGGCACCGUUUUAUAUGAUAUGUAAAAGUUGGUAUAUUAAUUAAAUAAUUCGCCCUGUUAAAACAUUAAGUUAUAUUUAGAAUAAUUGUCAGCCGUUUACCAUAUUUUCUCAGUGUAUUCCUCGUGCCGUUAUGCCACAGCACAUUAGUUGUUUGGGUUGCACUUUUCAGGCUGUUUGACAGUGUGGUAAACUGCUAAAAAUAUUGACAAUGUAGUGAACGAUUGCGAGGCAGGACGCGGAAUGCUGUAUGUGACACACUAACUCUGCAUAAGUACCUCACACAGUUCACCCCCCACCUCUAAACACUCAAACUAUCCCUUUAAAGCCACCUUGACGCAGAAUGGCGUUUAUAACGAUGAUGAAUUCCUUUAUCUGGGAGAAGAAGAACAAGACGUUUUUGUCUCCAGCAGCAUCUUCCUCACACAAUGUAUAAUCUUAAAGCUUCACUUGUACAUCUGUCCAUCCGUCAGAGCGAUGUUUGUGUUUUGUUUUAAAUUCAUAUUGUGUCCUGUUACCUGAUCCAUGUGAAGUUUAUAGUUUCAUCCCUCGGCUCAACCACACACACACACACACACACAGAGAUGUCAGAGCUGUUGAAUACAAGACGGAUUCUCCUUAGCUUUAAGGGGAAAUCCUCACACCAGCACAUGUGAAGACUCUGCUUUGUGUUUCUCCGCUCACAGUACGUGUGAAUGUACCCAGAGUUCAAGUAAACCAUAAAUCACUCACUCACGU